GAAAAUGAAAAUGAAUAAUUGUGAGCUGACAGAGAAAAGCUGUGCAGUUCUAGCUACUGUUCUCUCCUCCAAAACAAUCCUGAAAGAGAUGAACCUGAACAACAGCCGUCUGCUGGACUCAGGAGUCAAAGAGAUCUGUGAGGGACUGAAGAAUCCUGUGUGUGAGCUGAAGAUACUGAAAUUAAGAUGCUGUGAUAUGACAGAUGAAGGUUGUUCUGCUGUGACUUCAGCUCUGAAAUCAAACCCAUCACACCUGAGAGUACUGGACCUGAGCAUGAAUAAACUAGGAAACUCUGGAGUGAAAAACCUCAGUGAUCUACUGAUGAACCCACAAUGCAAGCUGGAGACACUACAUCUGUUUAGAUGCAGUAUUACAGAGAAACAGUGUCUCAUCCUGACUUCAGCUCUGAAAUCAAACCCAUCACACCUGAGAAAACUAGACCUGAGUGAGAAUGAAUUAAAAAACACAGGAGUGAAUCAUUUAUGUGAUGUACUGAAUGAUUCACACUUUAAACUGGAGAGAUUGAGUCUAAUGUGCUGUAGCAUUACAGAUGUUUCUUCUUUAAGUCAGUCUUUGACAAACACAAAAGCACUGCAGUUUUUAAAAGAGCUUGAUCUGAGUAGCAAUAUGAUUGGAGACUCAAAGCAGCAGCUCUUUGAUGUGCUACGAGACUCAAACUGUAACCUCAGUUUAGAUGAAGAUCUAUUGUCAACAAUCCCUGAUAGAGGUCAGUCCCCAACAGAUGAUGGAUGCUGUAUAUCAUAAUUUGAAAUGAUGAUGAGAGAAGCAGUAAACAACAGCUGUUUAAAAGAGGGAUGAAGAAGUCACCAGUCACCAGUCCUCAGUUGUGGGUCACGAGUCACAAGCUUCACAAACGGAACGAUCUGCUGCGAAUGACUUUUAUGUGUGUUGAUUUCAAGAGAGAGAAUCACCACUUUUAUGGAGAAAAGUUGAGAAGAGUGAAAGAGGGGAGGUAAAAAAGGUUGCCACAUUGUGGUGGCAGCAGAAACGGGCUGAGUGCGGUGCAGCGCACCUGAUGUGAGUGCGAGGCUCGUUAUGAGAAGUGGCGGAAUGCUGUGUGCAUGGUGGAGUUACUAUGCACAAACAUGCUCGCUCUGCAUCGGAGACUGAAGAUGAUUAGCAGUGAACGGAAUGAGUGGUUUGCUUACUUGGAGCUGACGACGGCGAAGCCAGAGUGUGAGUGGAUGUUAACUGCUGUUUCCCGGGUCCAGCUGCCGGCGCGAGUCUAUGCUUCCGUGAAGGGGAUGCCACUGUGAUUGUUUGGGUUCCACUGCGAAAGGUACUCACCUGAAAUCCAAGAGAUAUUGACAAGGUUUAACCUUGUCUGCCGCCCGAACAUAUAAAAAAAAAUGAAUAGAGAAUUUUUCUGGUAAUCCUAGGAAAGCAGGGCCACCACCGUUACAGUUAGAAACAUAUGAGACUGAAUGAUUAAUGUUGCUGAGAAUUGAAAUUGUGAAGUACAGCACUCAAAUGUAUCAAAAUAUAUAAAGCACUUCUGCAGUGUAAAAUGUCCAUGUUACUUAAAACUGUAUAUGUUGCUUUUUAUGUGGGAGAAACUAGGUUUGAAACUACUUGAGAGUAAAUAAAUGACAUGUUUUAUUUAUUUAUUUAUUUGUGUAUGUGUGUGAACUGUCCAUUUGAGACAUUUCACACUUAUCUUUGGAACUCUUUAAGUAUAUAUUGUAAAAUUGAAGUAUAGUAUCAAAUUAGAUCAUCAAUUUAGUGUAAGCAUGGGAUUUUUCCUCAUUAAGUCACAUAAAAUCUCUUUAACAAAGUGAGUGUCACUCAUGCUUGUAUUUAUUUAUGAUAUCAACAGUCAAUGUGAUUUGUGACUUACUGAGGGUUUGAAAAGUCAUGUGAUGUAUAGUAUGAGAUGGACGCAUAAGUGGAUGACAAGAUACCAAACAUAUUUUGACCGAAGUAAAUCUUUUAAACACUCAACAUGAAAUGAAUUACCUAGAAAUUGUAAUUAAAAUCACAGGAAAAAAGUGUGUGUUUGAACAGGAAGAACAAAGGCAACAAGAAUCUCAAACUGAUGUCUUCUGGAUCAGCAAUGAUGUUGAAGGUGCAGGUUUCGAGUCUUCAGCCUCUUUUUCUGUGGAUUCAUCAGUAAGAAAACAAAAACAAUCACCAAAUGUAGAGCAGAAAGAAACUUUAAGGAAAUCAUUAUGCUGUAAAUCAGAAAAACCUGCUCUGGAUCUGUCAGUGAAUGUACUUCUUGUGGAAAUGCUACAUUGAUUUUAAGUUAGAAUAAGAUUUACUGCUGUAUGAUUUGCACUGGUUAUACAUAUUUGUAUAAUUUUUUUUUU